AUGAUCUAUCCCGGCGAUCACUACUUCCCGACCAACCAACCACAGAUGAUCGCCGGUGUCACACACAAGCCUCCUUUCGCCGGAUAUCGAGCUCGAAUGGAUGUUUGGCAAAGGGAAGGAGCACAGCUGGGCUCGAGACCCCUUCCAGAGAGUGUAAAGCAAGAGUCGUACCACCUUCGCCCCGGCCUCGCCUGUUCCGAAACCACCCUGCCACGCUCGGAUCGCAAACGCCAACCAGAGGAGGACAGCGGUUGUACACCUGAAUGGCAAGAUGGAGAGCAGGUUGUUGUUCCGACGCAAAAGUCCUUCUCGACCAUGUACAUGCUGGAGACUUCUGCUGUUCAUGCAGCUCUGACAUUUGACCGUGCGGGCAGCAUGUCAAUGACCCAACAGAGUCAGCAAUUGAAGGGAUCUUCUCUCGCCUUGGUCUCGUCCCAAUCUCCCUCUCAUCCCGGCGUUACUAGCAUCCCACCUGGCGUCAUUGUUGGCAUCUGGCCGUGCAUCGCUAGUUCAUCCACGAGAUCGUCUCUCCGCUUGUUCUAUCAGCCAGAGCAGGUCCGCCCGAGCACUCUGUACAGCUUUGACGGUGCUCAUGACGAACCGGAUGAAACACUGGCGGCAACAAUCAGCCGGUCUGCGAGCGUUUCUGAUCUUAAGGUCCCCUCCCUCCGGCCGUUUCGACCUUCAGUGGUCCACUUCUUGUCCGACGAACACCUGAAUUGGAGAGAGGCUGCUCGUCGCAGAGAACGUGACGACUUCACAAAUCCCUUUCACGUCGAAGAAUCUCCAUCGAGAAAGACGUCCAGCGCUUCUGAAGGUACCGUCUACCUGCGACCGAAUGCCUUUGCAGGACACCGUGACACAUUGGCAAGACUUCAAUAUUUCGCCAGGUCCGACGAAGACGUCCAGGCACUCACAGACAGUGAUGACGAGACUUAUAUGACUGCGUGGACUCGCCAGCCAUCAACAUCUGCUCCCUCACGGAGAUACAGCCUUGUUGGAGCGAACCUGGACAUCUUCCUCCCUCAACAGGUCGUCGAAUCUGUGCUCAGCUACUUGUCGUUCAACGACUACAAAAAUUUGCGAUCAGUCUGCCGUCAAUGGCACGCAACCCUCCCACAGCCCAAUUUUCCCGGAGCCUACCGGGUUCCGAGAGAAGUACUCAAACAGAUCUUCUCCUACCUAGCGCCUUGGGAUUUUGAUGCCGCCCGACACACCUGCAAGCCGUGGUUCUUAGCAGGCCUGGACUGCAAAGUUUUGGAGCCCAUGCUGAGAGGCUGCGGCUGUCGAUCUACUUUGGACGCGGAUAUCGGGCGUAUGCAAGGCAGCAUGGUCGCGAAGAGACGCAGCUGGGAGAGUCAGCUCGGUCCAAUGGAUUCCGACGCUAACAGAGCCAUUGACAAAGAGUGGCUUUGCUCCAAAAGGCUUGCGACAGAAUCUCGACUUUCGCCCCAUUGGCGAGGUGAUUUCUUUUCAGAAAACCUCGAUCUAUCGCGGAGACUGUCAAUUAUUGAAACAAUUGACUUUUCCAAGAUCCUGACUACGAGUUCCUCGUCCACGAAGUCAAGAUUCACAGUAUCAGCCUGUGGCAAAUUUGUUCUUGUAGUAUGUGGUGGUGAUAUCUCUGUCUACAAUCUGUCAGAUCCAGAUCAUUCACCGGAUCCACUUGUCAGGCUCGCGACUGGUCUUGAUGUCCUUAAAGUCAGUAUGGACACCAGUUCCGAACGCUACUCAGUGGCUGCUCUUCUCGCUGGUCGAAUCGGCAUGCUCUGGGACCUGCGUGGCAGAUACAUCCAGGAACGAUACCGCAACAACUCGGGCGAACCAAUGAAUCUGGGUAUGCAGGCGCAUGUCCAAAGCUCAGUCAGCUUCCAGGACCUCAGCUCAUCCGGUAUCAGCCUACCAGUACAAUCUCCAGAGAUGGUGGCUAUUGAGUCGUCGGACUACAGUCUCGCGUCAGUCACAAUGCCCAGCACCACCUCUCCUCCCGACGCUAUGCCGAAUACUCCAUUCUUGUAG